UAAAUUAAAAUUUUACUUUAAUAAAUUUCCCAAUAAAUGGGUGCGAAUUAUUCAUCAAAUACAAUCAGCAACAAGAAUCCCAAACAUUCUUACAAGAUAACACUCAAAAUUCUUUAUACAAGACAAGUCCCAAUCCUUACUUCAGUGUAAGCAUAUUUGAGAAGUGUUGUGAUUUAGAAUCUUCGCUAAGUGAGCGAGAGAUUUGAAUAAUAGUUAUUCAAAAGAUUUAUUGAGGUUAUAUACAAAAUUGUAAUACUCUCCAUAUCUAUAUGUCUCAUGUUUUCAACAUCACACAUAAAAUUAGUGUAUUUUGAGUUCUAAUCUCAUCCAUAAUUCAUCAUGAAUCUGUACGAUUUUUCAUUCACAUCACAACAAUCGUUGAACUCAAAGAAACUUAAAGUAUGAACUCGAGCUCCAACUAUUAAAAAUGAUUAAGAACAAAUUAAGUAAAUCAUGAAUUAAGAUUGUGAUUUCUCGAAGAACUAAACAAUUCGACUGCUACAUCCUGCCCACUAGUGAUGCUACGAGAUAGUGUCAUACUCUUAAAUUCUUGACUGCUACUUUCAGCGUAGAGACUCUAAAUUGGCCAUCAAGGAUGCCACAUCGAGGAAACCUUCUCAUUUCAAAGCGGGUGCCAUACAAAAGGAAGUUCAUUCUCUUUCAUCCUCCUUUGUCUCAAUCUCUGAGUCUUCUUGCUCCAUAUAAUUUUAACAUAACUGUUCACCUCAUAGCAAAACAAACUCUUUUAUCAAAAAAUCGAUUGAAUACGGACUACCAUUCUUAUUGAAAUUUUACACGUCCAAAACAAACAACCACCUACUUUCUCCUCCUCCUAAGCAAAAUCCUUCCCCAAAUGGAUUUUCCCACCAUAUAAUGAGGCCACUCAAGAUCCCAAUUCCCAUGCAUAGUCCAACUUGAGUGUACCACAAGACAAAAACAUCAUCAACCACAACAACAAGUCAGCAAUAAACUUAAUCGUUUCAUCCUCCCACAAAAGUCUCAUCACAGGUUGAGAAAAAUGUACACUAACGAGUUUGAUAAACUACCCACAUGCCCAAUAUUACAGAAAAUCCAACUCCAAACUCUCAACCUCCCCUGUUUUCCUCUUCUUUUUUUCCACACUACCAGGAGGAAGAAAAACCCAAAACCCACCUCCAUACACAGCUCCUCUGGUCACGCCAACUUGCAACUUCACCAGCAGAAACUUCACAAGUUAGCUCUCCUCCUGUCAUGAGAGCGUGGCAAAAAAACCCCAUUCAAGCUUUCUUCCCCUGCAUUAAAUACUCUGCCCCAUCUUCGUUUCCCAAUUAUAGAUUAGCUGCUGCGGCUGGGAGAGGAAGAAAAAGGAAAAGAACCCAAAAUCAUGGGUCUGUUGGCCUUGCUUGUCGCGGUGAUCUUCAUCAAUUUCAGCAGCUCAGCUCUCGGCGACGAUGCUGCAAAUGGCGGCGCUUCCUUCGUCUUCGGGGAUUCGUUGGUUGAUGCUGGCAACAACAAUUUCUUCUCCACUCUGUCCAAGGCCAACAUUCGGCCCAACGGGAUCGAUUUCACGGCGUCGGGCGGGAGUCCCACCGGGAGAUACACCAACGGGAAAACCAUCAGUGACAUCGUCGGUGAAGAACUUGGGCAGUUGAACUACGCGCUGCCGUUCCUAUCACCCAACACCACCGGAAAGGCGCUCCUUUCCGGGGUCAACUACGCCUCCGGCGGCGGAGGGAUCAUGAACGCCACCGGAAGAAUCUUCGUCAACAGGCUGGGCAUGGACGUGCAAAUCGACUACUUUAACAUCACGAGGAAGCAGCUCGACCAGCUUCUGGGAGCAUCUAAGGCCAGAGAAUUCCUCACCAAGAGCUCCAUCUUCUCCAUCACCGUCGGCGCCAACGACUUCCUCAACAACUACCUCCUCCCCGUCCUCUCCGUCGGCGCCAGGGUUUCGCAGAGCCCCGAUGCCUUCAUCGACGACAUGAUCUCACAUUUGCGAGCUCAACUCACGAGGCUUUACCAAAUGGAUGCUCGGAAGUUCGUGAUCGGCAACGUCGGUCCAAUCGGGUGCAUACCGUACCAGAAGACGAUAAACCGGUUGAAGGAGAAUGAAUGCGUGGAUUUGCCGAACAAGCUUGCGCUUCAGUACAAUGGCAGGCUGAAGGAUUUGCUGGCGGAGAUGAAUGACAAUAUGCCCGACGCCGUGUUUGUUCACGCUAAUGUUUAUGAUUUGGUCAUGGAGCUCAUCAGCAAUUAUGCCAAAUACGGAUUUACGACUUCGAGUAGGGCAUGUUGUGGGAAUGGAGGGCAAUUCGCAGGAAUAGUACCAUGCGGACCAACAUCGAGCAUGUGUGGAGAUCGUUCGAAGCAUGUGUUUUGGGAUCCAUACCAUCCCAGCGAGGCUGCCAAUGUGAUCAUAGCAAAGCAGCUCUUGGAUGGAGACACCAAAUACAUCUCUCCCAUGAACCUUAGGCAGCUGAGAAACCAUUGACGAAUUUGCAUUAAGGAAGAAGAAAUUGUUUUGGGUUUUUAAUUUGUGUGCGUGAAAGUGAAACUCGUGGUGCAUGCAUAUGCAUGGUUGUGUUAGUUUCACAUAUGGAAUUUGUAUUUUUUUUAUUUUUAUUUUAUGUUUUUAUGUUUCUUCUUUUCCCAUUCGAGCAGCAACUGAGUUAUUGUUCAUGUGUCUAAGAGGAGAAUUUUGCUCUGUUCAUCAUAUUUUAAGUGAAAUGAUAAAAUACACAAUCCAGA